CAGAAUCAUUGCAUGAAAUGGGUGCUUGUCUUCUCGAGAAAACUGCAUUGAAUGAUGAUGAAGAAAGUGGGUUAUUGCAUUCCACAAUGGUGGGGGACUUAAAAAGAGAGAGAAGCUGAAGUCUUACUGUUCCUAAUUCCUAUGCAGCGUUCUCACAUAUUCCAGACAAUUACAAUCCCAUCGGAGUCUCUUCUCAAUGAGCUUCAAACUGUUGAGGAGAUGAAGCGGCAAUGUGAUGAGAAAAGAGAUGUAUAUGAAUACAUGAUAAUGAAGCAAAGAGAAAAAGGAAGGGGAAGAAGUAGGAAGGCAGAGACUUUUUCUAUGCGGCAGUUACAAGUGGCUCAUGAUGAAUAUGAUGAAGAGGCAACCUUAUUUGUUUUCCGUCUGAAAUCCCUAAAGCAAGGACAAUCUCGAAGUCUUCUUACACAGGCUGCACGACACCAUGCUGCUCAGUUAUGCUUCUUCAAGAAGGCUCUUAAAUCUCUUGAAAACCUCGAGCCACAUGUGAAAUUGGUCACCAAACAACAACAUAUAGAUUACCACUUUAGUGGACUUGAAGAUGAUGAUAGGGAUGAUGUUGAUGAUGAUGAUGAUGAUGAUGAUGAUGAAGAUGAUGAUACCUGUGAUGUGCUUGAUGAUGGAGAAUUGAGUUUUGAUUGUGGACAGAAUGACGAUAAGCAAGAUGUUUCUACAUCAAGAAACUCAAUGGAGUUGGAUCUAGUGGAUGUUACAUUUCCCCAAGUUGCAACAUUAGAAGUCACAAAGGAAAAUCUUGAUAGAAGAUAUCUGAAAUCAUUUUCUUCUAGAGGAGAAAGUAGGAAAAUAAGCCAAUCAGCACCACUUUUUGCUGAAAAUAAAUCUGAUCCUGCAGAAAGGGUGAAACAGAUGCGGCCAUCUUCAAGAAGGCUCAACACAUAUGUACUGCCUACCCCAGUUGAGACAAAGAGUUCAAACUCUACAGGAGCAGGUAGUCUAGUUCAUCAAACGUUGAAGACAAGUUUGAAUGGGCACAAUUUGUGGCAUUCAUCCCCUCUAGAACCAAAGAAAUAUGAAAAAUUAACGGGAGAUGGUAAAUUUUGUGGAUCCACUGUUAAAAAUGCACAGUCAGUGCUCAGGGAAAGGAACAAAAAUACUGCUUCCACUCAAUUACCUCCUCCUCUGGCUGAUGGGUUCUUCAUUUCACAGUCAGAUUCUAAGAAAAUUAAAAGAUAUGCCUUUUCAGGUCCUAUUACAAGUAAGUCAUGGCCUACCAAGCCAGUUUCAAUGGAACCUCCUGGAUUGUUAUCAGGACCCCUUUUGCGAAAUCCAACAGUGCAACUACCAUCAUCUCCUAAAGUAUCUCCGAAGGUAUCUCCUAAAGUAUCUCCAAAGGUAUCUCCAACAGCUUCCCCUACUUUUGUGUCCUCUCCUAAAAUAAGUGAACUUCAUGAGCUUCCUAGACCGCCUGCCAGUUCAGCUUCCAAAUCUUCAAGGCCUUUGAGUUUGAUUGGUCAUUCAGCUCCUUUGGUGCCCAAAGGUCAUGUACGUCCUACAGGUAAAUCAUUGAUGUCAAAUUCAGCAUCUCCACUGCCAAUACCUUCUCAGGCUGUCACUCGCAGUUUCUCCAUACCAUCCAGCAGUCUUGGAGCAAUGGCAAUGAAUAUCUCAAAGCCUCUGGAAACUAAUCAGAAUUCAGAGGUACCUCAAGAUAUGGUCUCUCCUCCUUUGACACCAAUAUCUUUAUCAAACAUCCAGCCAGCGUUAACUGGUUCCAAGAAUGUCAAUCAGACUAUUCAAAUCAGAGGUAAUUCAGAAUCUGGUGCGUUUGUAUGUUUAUUUAGUUUUAGAUAAAUUUUGCAAAGAUAUGACUGGCAGAGGAGCGUUUUUGUUUUGAUAAUUAAAAGGGGCUAACAUUUCCAAAAACUAACCUACACCUUUCAGACAUAGCGAUGCCAAUAAUGUUGCUCAAUAUGAAUGAAAAUGGUCGCUGGGGAGGGCUUUGAAAAUUCUGUUAUGAGCUGAAAACCAUAAUUAGCCAGUCAUUCUGAAUGGAAAUUUAUUUCUCUCUAUUGAUGUUUUAGACAUUUUUGUGCAAAUGAAAAUAUGCCAAUAUUUAUAUAAGAAUUUGAAGAUUGUUGUGAAAUGAAUUAACAAAUGUCCAACCAAAGUUCAGUCAUUUAUUAUUGAUGGUGAAAAUAACUGUAAUAGUUGUUCAACAGAAGAUUUUUUUUUUUCUUUUUCAUCCCCCUCUGUUUAUGUGGAUAGGGAUGCGAAUGGCACCUUUUUUAUUACCAGUGCCUUCAUCUCCAAUGCUCCACAGGAUACCCAAGUAGCCUGAUCUUUUAAGUCCCAGACCUAUAAGCCUUUUGUUAGGGAUGCUAUAAAAGAGGUUUAUUCCAUGCAAUCUGCCAGUGCCCAUGUGCAAAUUGCAGCUGGUAUGCUCUUAGGGAGCAAUGCUCAGACUCUUCAUAUUACCCUACUGUGCCUAGUGUUGGAACAAACACAGGUGCUUGGAUGUGAUUCCUCCAGUACAAAGGAAAAUAUAAGAAAACAUGAAAAAAAAUAGCAAACCAUGAAUGUGACAUAACAAACAUGAGUUUUAUAUCUGACAUCCAUCCAUGAGCAAAGUACCAUUGAGAUCAGUUGCAAGAAGCAGAAGCCAGUGAGGCAUAGAUAUGCCUUUUUGACACAUUUUGGAUGGCAAAAAUGCUCUACUCCGAUAUUUGUCACUAGUUGAGGGAAAUGAUGGCUACUUGUUUAGCACUAUUUUAAUUGAUUAUCUGAAUUGUGUAUUUUAAUAUGGGGAACAUAAGUAUGAAAGUAAUCGUGGUAUAUUCAUCUUGUACUGGUAUUUUUUGCUUGUUCUUCCCUUAUUUGGUAAGAAGAAGCUUUAGUAGGAAAUUUUGCUGAAUGUGCGGUCAUCUCUCAUCAUUUUUGUUCUCUCUUUCAUGGGGGAUCAAUACAUUGAUCUUUCACGUGCGUGCACACACAAUCUGCAGGGGCAUGUUGGCACAUGCAUGCACUAACACAACAAAUCAAGUAUUUAUGAAGUUUGUAAUCAGUUCUAACCCACCACUUUCUAGCUCUGUUUGUAUCUUGGAUUGUGUAGCAUUUUUCUGUUGCUAAUAACAUAUUUGAUGGUUGCAGGUGCAGAUUGAUUUUAUUCGUUGUAGCCAUAAUUUUGUUUCUAGUUUGGCAACAAAAAGUUGGUCAUUAGAGAUUCUCUGAUGAUUUCAAGCAGGUGUAGUGCAGGUCUGUUAAUAAAAUCUGUCUAUCAUUUUUUUAAUCUGUUAAUCCAUUUUUUAAUUUUUAUGAUGAGCGCUUGGCAUGGAUAAUUGAAUAAUCGCCUUGAUGUUUCAUCAGUGAAAAAAAUUUUGUAUUUUCCCAAGUAAUUAAUAGCCAAAAUUACUCUUUCUCCA